AUGUGGCAGGAGGCGAUGCGGCGCCGCCGCUACCUGCGGGACCGCGCCGAGGCGGCGGCAGCGGCGGCGGCGGCGGGCGGCGGCGGCGAGGGUCUGCGGCGGUCCCGGGACUGGCUGUAUGAGUCCUACUAUUGCAUGAGCCAGCAGCACCCCCUCAUCGUCUUCCUGCUGCUCAUCGUCAUGGGCGCCUGCCUCGCCCUGCUCGCCGUCUUCUUCGCGCUGCGCUUGGAAGUCGAGGAUCAUGUGGCAUUUUUAAUAACUGUCCCCACUGCUCUGGCCAUUUUCUUCGCCAUCUUUAUCCUCGUGUGUAUCGAGUCUGUGUUCAAGAAGCUUCUCCGGCUCUUCUCGGUGGUGAUCUGGAUAUGCCUAGUGGCCAUGGGGUACCUGUUCAUGUGUUUCGGAGGUACCGUCUCCCCUUGGGACCAGGUCUCCUUCUUCCUCUUCAUCAUCUUCGUGGUCUACACCAUGCUGCCCUUCAACAUGCGGGAUGCCAUCAUCGCCAGCGUGCUCACCUCCUCCUCUCACACCAUUGUGCUGAGCGUCUGCCUUUCUGCAACUCCUGGGGCCAAGGAGCACCUGGUAUGGCAGAUCCUGGCCAACGUCAUCAUUUUCAUCUGCGGGAACCUGGCAGGAGCCUACCACAAGCACCUCAUGGAGCUCGCUCUGCAGCAGACCUACCAGGACACGUGCAACUGUAUUAAGUCUCGCAUCAAGUUGGAAUUUGAAAAGCGCCAACAGGAACGCCUUCUGCUGUCUCUGCUUCCUGCCCACAUAGCCAUGGAGAUGAAAGCUGAGAUCAUCCAGCGGCUGCAGGGUCCCAAGGCUGGCCAGAUGGAAAACACCAACAAUUUCCACAAUCUCUACGUCAAGCGUCACACCAACGUGAGUAUCCUCUAUGCUGAUAUCGUUGGCUUCACUCGACUGGCCAGUGACUGCUCCCCCGGAGAACUGGUCCACAUGCUGAAUGAACUCUUUGGAAAGUUUGAUCAAAUUGCAAAGGAGAAUGAAUGCAUGAGGAUAAAGAUCUUGGGGGACUGUUACUAUUGUGUAUCGGGACUCCCCAUCUCUCUCCCAAACCACGCCAAGAACUGUGUGAAGAUGGGGCUGGAUAUGUGUGAAGCCAUUAAGAAAGUGAGGGAUGCCACGGGUGUAGACAUCAACAUGCGUGUGGGCGUCCACUCUGGAAACGUGCUGUGCGGUGUGAUCGGCCUGCAGAAGUGGCAGUAUGACGUGUGGUCUCAUGACGUCACCCUGGCCAAUCACAUGGAGGCUGGAGGAGUCCCUGGCCGUGUCCACAUCUCGUCUGUCACCCUGGAGCACUUGAAUGGUGCUUAUAAAGUGGAGGAAGGAGAUGGUGACAUCCGGGACCCAUAUUUAAAACAGCACCUGGUGAAGACCUACUUCGUCAUCAACCCCAAGGGAGAACGGCGGAGCCCCCAGCACCUCUUCAGGCCCCGUCACACCCUGGACGGGGCCAAAAUGAGGGCUUCUGUGCGCAUGACCCGCUACCUGGAGUCUUGGGGGGCUGCCAAACCCUUCGCGCACCUGCACCACAGAGACAGCAUGACCACAGAGAACGGCAAGAUUAGCACCACGGAUGUUCCAAUGGGUCAGCAUAAUUUUCAAAAUCGCACCUUAAGAACUAAGUCACAAAAGAAGCGAUUUGAAGAGGAACUGAAUGAAAGGAUGAUUCAAGCAAUUGAUGGAAUUAAUGCCCAAAAGCAGUGGCUCAAGUCUGAAGAUAUUCAGAGAAUAACGCUAUUUUUCUACAAUAAAAUACUCGAAAAAGAAUACCGGGCCACAGCACUGCCAGCGUUCAAGUACUACGUGACAUGUGCUUGCCUCAUCUUCUUCUGUAUCUUCAUCGUCCAGAUCCUGGUGUUGCCAAAAACAUCCAUUCUCGGGAUUUCCUUCGGAGCUGCAUUUCUCUUGCUCGCCCUUAUCCUUUUCGUCUGCUUUGCUGGACAGCUUUUGCAAUGCAGUAAGAAGGCAUCGGCCUCCCUGCUUUGGCUCCUUAAGUCCUCUGGCAUCAUCGCUAACCGGCCCUGGCCCCGUAUUGCCCUGACAGUCCUCACUACCGUCAUCGUCCUAACCAUGGCUGUGUUCAACAUGUUUUUCCUGAGCGAUCCCAACCCUGAGGCCACAGUCCCACCGACAACUGCUAACACAUCCAACGCCAACCAGAGCCUGAGCCUACCCACGGCCCACAGCCCUGCUGCCCUGCUCAGGGCCCAGAACCUAUUCUUCCUGCCGUACUUCAUCUACAGCUGCAUCCUGGGCCUGCUGUCCUGCUCCGUGUUCCUGCGUGUCAACUACGAGCUGAAGAUGCUGAUUAUGCUGGCAGCUUUGGUGGGCUACAACGCCAUCCUGCUCCACACCCACGCACAUGUCCUGGACGACUACAGCCAGGUGCUAUUUGACAGACCAGGCAUCUGGAAAGAUCUAAAAACCAUGGGCUCCGUGUCUCUCUUCAUCUUCUUCAUCACCCUGCUCGUGCUGGGCAGACAGAAUGAAUAUUACUGUAGGUUAGACUUCCUGUGGAAGAACAAGUUCCACAAAGAGCGGGAGGAGAUUGAGACCAUGGAGAACCUCAACCGAGUUCUGCUGGAAAACGUGCUGCCCGCGCAUGUGGCCGAGCAUUUCCUGGCCAGAAGCCUCAAGAACGAGGAUUUGUAUCACCAGUCCUACGACUGUGUCUGUGUUAUGUUCGCCUCCAUCCCCGACUUCAAAGAAUUCUACACUGAGUCGGAUGUGAACAAGGAGGGCUUGGAAUGCCUGCGCCUGCUCAAUGAGAUCAUUGCUGACUUUGAUGAUCUGCUGUCCAAGCCCAAGUUCAGCGGCGUUGAGAAGAUCAAGACCAUCGGCAGCACCUACAUGGCAGCAACGGGUCUGAGUGCUGUGCCCAGCCAGGAGCAUUCCCAAGAGCCAGAGCGGCAGUACAUGCACAUCGGCACCAUGGUGGAGUUCGCAUUUGCACUAGUGGCCAAGCUGGACGCCAUCAACAAACACUCCUUCAACGACUUCAAGCUGCGAGUGGGCAUGAACCAUGGGCCUGUCAUAGCUGGUGUGAUUGGCGCUCAGAAGCCUCAGUAUGACAUCUGGGGGAACACAGUCAACGUGGCCAGUCGAAUGGACAGCACCGGGGUCCUGGACAGAAUACAGGUCACAGAGGAGACUAGCCUCGUCCUGCAGACCCUGGGCUAUACCUGCACAUGUCGUGGGGUUAUCAACGUGAAGGGCAAAGGGGACCUGAAGACAUACUUCGUCAACACCGAGAUGUCACGGUCCCUUUCCCAGAGCAAUGUGGCAUCCUGAAGGGUCUCCCACAUCUGGCCCAGGUCGUGUGUACCCACGCCGAACAGAGCAAAGCCACAUCCCUGCAGCUCCGCCCUAUGCUCCGGAGACUUUGCAGCCUCCUUCACGUCACCCGGUGGCAUCAUCAUCAUCGUUGUGUUCAAUGGACGUGUGUCCCAGGCUGCCAUUUGCACUGUGCCCCCGGCUCCGAGGAAGCAGGACAAAGGAGCGGCUUCCAGGAGGGAAAGCAAGAGGGAGGAUGCUUUGGAGAACUGGCUGGAGGGGAAGCCCACACACAUUCUUAAGGCAAUAAAAUUAGGGAGUGUAGAUUAGCUUCUGGUGCAUGUUCUCUUCUGGAAAAUACAGUAGGUCACCAACCGCAUCCGCUAGUUUGAUAUUAAAACUACACAGUAUUCACCCCCACCCACCCAUGGAGUUUGACUGUCAUCGUCCUCCCCCCACUCCCCGCUGUUUCUCAUAGCCAGGGGCCUGUCUGUGGUUCCGUGGGGCUCAUCCAUGGCUCUGUCCCCUUUGCUCUGUGGCAUCUCAUGCCAGUCUGCCAGCCACACGCUGCCAUCCAUGCCCGGUUCAUUCUCAUGACUAGCACCUGUUUUGUACCUCACAUCUGUGUUUUGACACCAUUGUCUUUUGUAAGGGUAACUCAUUAAAAGUUUUAUGUACUUUG